GCAGGGGGGGACACCCAGCGCCCUGCGCCCCUCCGCAUCCCACACGGGCUCCCCUCUCUGCCCCUACCAGCCUCCUUGGGGUCGAGGUCAAGGGAAGUUCGCACCGAAAUUCCCUCUAAUUUAUUCAAAGGUUUGGCGGCGGCGGCGCGUAAUUUUUUUUUUCCCCCUCUUCCGCCUACACCCCCUGCGUCUCCGAGUGUCGUCUCGUUCCUUUCCCUUUACCGGGUUCGAUUGCCUCACUGCGUGUGUGUUCGUGAGUUCGCUGUUGAACAACUGUUCCUUUGCUCUGCUGCCUGUCUUUGUUAGUGUUUCUCGGGGUUGUUUCUGUGGCAAGGUGGGGGCGGCGGGUGUGGGAGAGACAGACGUGGGCUUGUUUUUCUAGCUGCUGAAUAUACAUGCAGGUUUCACGGGAGAGCGUUUCCUCGAUGCGCUUUAGGAAGGGAGGAGGGACAGACGCUUGCCAGAUCUCACAACUACGGUAGCUGCGCCGCUUUUGUUUAUUUGGAGGCGCAUGCGAUUGUUAAUACACUGUGCAAGAUACAACCAGUGAGGCGCUUUCCUUCUGAAAACCGAGGCCCGUCUCAGAGCCAUCUCCCGAGCAUCGUUUUCGUGAGUGCUGUCAUAACCGACCUUUUUCUUUGCUCUCCUGUUGUCUUCCUUUCCAUUGUAGUUGAAGUUUCAAAGUACGUGGAAUGGUACAGAAGUUGCAUGGUUACUGUUAUGUCUUCCUGUUGCCUAAACUCUCAGCGGCUAAAAUGACAGACUUCCUUCAUUUCAGAACAUCUCUUUUUCUAAUUGUCGUGGAUAACAUGCCCACACUUCAGUAACACAAUGGGAAAACUGUUCCCUGCCCAUGUUGAUUUUUCAUCUUGUGUAUAAUUACCACUUUAAAUUGUAUUGAAGGUAGGUGAGCAGUAUUGGAAUCACUAUUUAUUAAUAAAAAGAAUCAGGACAGAGCUAUUGUUCACCACCCUAGCAUUUUCAAUUGGCAUAAAUAUUUUUGCAACAGGGUUAUUCUGAUGUAGGUGGCAGACCUAAAUGUGAUGUAGCGGUUAAAGUGUUUGUCUUUCUCAUUUGCAAUUAUUGGAUACUUCUGUGCAGGUGAUGUACCGUUCGUGUAAUACUGCAGUUCUUAGGAAACUAGGGUCGUGAGAGAUGAUUUUCUGAAGGUGGGUGAUGCCAGGGCCUCUAGAAGAUCCAGGCGGGAUCAGGUUUCUUCUGAGGGUAGGGAUUUGUCCUUGAUUUAGUUUUGACCCCUACAAUCAUAGGUAUGUAACCAAAUACAUUUUUCUUUUUGCCAGUAUCCUUUGAUUUUAUACCCUUGAAGAGCUGAUGAUCUUUGCAUUUUAGAGAAAUGACAGUUUCUAGGCAAUUAAAAAUAUUGACCUCUUACACCUCUUGGAAUUUGAGUAAUUUUAUUUCUACUAAAUUCAGAAAGCAUUAAGAGGAAGUAAGUCUCAUUGUCCCAACAACAUUUAUUACUUUAGUUAAAAACUAAGUUUUAGUUUGUAAUUUUGAUUUUUAGUGAUUCUGGGUUAAAGAUAAAAUCUAAUAACUCAGUAGAUUGGGAAAAGAAGUAACUUGAGUGUAAUUAGACAAGCAUGUUUAAGCUGCAGUAGCCUACAUAAUCAAGGCCAAGUUGUGUGUGUAUAAAAGAUCUCAUUUGUGUAGUCUUGCAGGGCUAAUGGAGGCAUCAUUGAGGCUUUAUAAAUAAUGUAAGUUGUGUAUAAUGUAGAGUCUCCAGAGACAGCAGAGAAAGCAUCAUUACCAGCCUUUUCAACCUGCUUGAGAUCUUAAAUUGAUUUACAGCACUGAACUGGUGCAAAAUGAUACAUCAGGAUGACAUGGGGUCAGCCUGUAAAAGUCUAUGAUGUCAGCCUAUUAGUUCAGUCAUCAUAAUUAAACCGUAUUACAGGGGCAGCUAAGCAGGAGUCUGGCGUUAUACUUCGGAUAUGGGUGGUACGUGGAUUUCGUUUAUAGUGGAAAGGCUGGUAUGGGCAGGACACUAAUGUUUCUGAAAAAGGGAAGAAAAGCUUACAGAACUAUGAAUUUCUGGAAAAAAUUUCAGAUAAAUGCAGAGAUAUUUACUCUGGAUUGUAUAAGUAGCUUUUCACUUGGUAGUGGAAAAACAGAUGCUUUGAAGGGUGCUGAUAACUUCUGAUUUGUACUGAAUCAUGCUUUUUGUGAGCUUGAAUUUAACUUGGCCUUAGGGACCUUCUAAAAUAUCAGAGGACCACAUACUUCUUAUCUCUGAUCCCUUUAUUAGCACUGAGUUUGCAUUGUAUUGGUGUAUCAGCUGACAUGUUAUUUCUUUAACUAGUCAUGGUUACCAGGCCUCCACUAAAAAUAAAGAUAUUUGAAUUGAACAUAUGAACAUUUCAGGAAAAGAACAUUCUUAUUUUUGCUUAGAUUUCUCACCAAUGCUUAUUCAGUUUAUGGGUCAUCUAGGGUUGGUGGUGUCCAAUAAGGCAGCCAUAGUCGCAGGUAGCUAUUUAAGUUGAAAUUAACAUUAAAUAAGUAAAAAUACAAAUGUAUUUCUCUGCAGUUGGCACAUUUCAAGUGCUCAGUAGCUGUAUAUGGUUAGCAGCUACCAUAUUGGACAGUGUGUAUAUAGAAUCGUUCCAUCAUUGCAGGAGGUUCUGGUACAUAGUGCUGCCCCAGGACCUUUGCCUCUCUUCUCACUUAUUAUCUCUACUAAUGAGUUUGUGGGGUUAAAGAGAGAAAGACAUAUCAAUUAAUUUUACUACUAAGUAGCUGUUCUUGUUAAAAAACAGUUUGGAAGUAACAGUUGAAGCUACAAGAUGAAAGGGAUUUUGCCAUCAUUAGUGUCAUGGAUCCUAAUUUGAUUUAGAGUAUUAGGUAGAAGAAAUAAACAUAGCUGAUUUUUUUCUGAACUUUUACUGGAUAUGUGUAUGCCAGGCAUUGUUUAUAAUGUUACUAUCUCAUUGAAGUCUCAAAACUUUCCUAAAUGCGGUUGUUAAUCACAUUUUACAGGUAAAGAAACUGAAGCGAGAGUGAUUCAGUGUCUUCCCUCAGGCUGCAUAACUAGUGCUGGCUUUGGGUUACUUUAUAAAACACUAGGAAUGGUAAUUUCUACUUUUCGGAACCUCAGACUAAGAGGCUAAAGAGAAUCCUGUGUAAAUGAACUGAAUUCUCUUCUGCUGUCUUCUUGCAUUUGGAGACUCCUUUAUUUCCCCAUAUCCAAGGAGUGCAUACUAGUGCAGUCAUUAUGAAUGUGACAAGUUUGUUUUCCUUCACAAGUCCAGCUGUGAAGAGACUUCUUGGGUGGAAACAGGGUGAUGAAGAAGAAAAGUGGGCAGAGAAGGCUGUUGAUGCUUUGGUGAAAAAACUGAAGAAAAAGAAAGGUGCCAUGGAGGAACUAGAAAGGGCCUUGAGCUGCCCGGGGCAACCCAGCAACUGUGUCACCAUUCCCCGCUCUCUAGAUGGCAGGCUGCAAGUCUCCCACCGGAAGGGACUGCCUCACGUCAUUUACUGUCGUGUAUGGCGCUGGCCCGACCUCCAGAGCCACCAUGAACUGAAACCACUGGAAUGCUGUGAGUUUCCUUUUGGUUCCAAGCAGAAGGAGGUCUGCAUCAAUCCCUACCACUAUAAGCGAGUAGAAAGCCCUGUACUUCCUCCAGUGCUGGUUCCAAGACACAGCGAAUAUAACCCUCAGCACAGCCUCUUAGCUCAGUUCCGUAACUUAGGACAAAAUGAGCCUCACAUGCCACUCAACGCCACUUUUCCGGAUUCUUUCCAGCAACCCAACAGCCACCCGUUUCCUCAUUCUCCCAAUAGCAGUUACCCAAACUCUCCUGGAAGCAGCAGCAGCACCUACCCUCACUCUCCCACCAGCUCAGACCCAGGAAGUCCUUUCCAGAUGCCAGCUGAUACGCCCCCACCUGCUUACCUGCCUCCUGAAGACCCCAUGACCCAGGAUGGCUCUCAGCCAAUGGACACAAACAUGAUGGUGCCUCCACUGCCCUCGGAAAUCAACAGAGGAGAUGUUCAAGCGGUUGCUUAUGAGGAACCAAAACACUGGUGCUCUAUUGUCUACUAUGAGCUCAACAAUCGUGUGGGUGAAGCGUUCCAUGCCUCCUCCACAAGUGUGUUGGUGGAUGGUUUCACUGAUCCUUCCAACAAUAAGAACCGUUUCUGCCUUGGGCUGCUCUCCAAUGUUAACCGGAAUUCCACUAUUGAAAACACUAGGCGGCAUAUUGGAAAAGGAGUUCAUCUUUAUUAUGUCGGAGGAGAGGUGUAUGCCGAAUGCCUCAGCGACAGUAGCAUCUUUGUGCAAAGUCGGAACUGCAACUACCAUCAUGGAUUUCACCCCACUACUGUUUGCAAGAUCCCUAGUGGGUGUAGUUUGAAAAUUUUUAACAACCAAGAAUUUGCGCAGUUAUUGGCACAGUCUGUGAAUCAUGGUUUCGAGACAGUCUAUGAGCUCACAAAAAUGUGUACUAUACGCAUGAGCUUUGUGAAGGGCUGGGGGGCAGAAUACCACCGCCAGGAUGUCACCAGCACCCCCUGCUGGAUUGAGAUACAUCUGCACGGCCCCCUCCAGUGGCUGGAUAAAGUUCUCACUCAGAUGGGUUCACCUCAUAAUCCUAUUUCAUCUGUGUCUUAAACGGCCUCAGGCUUCUGCCUCUUGAAAACUAUUGAGCCUUGCAUGUACUUGAAGGAUGGAUGAGUCAGACAUGAUUGAGGACUGACAAAGGAGCCUUGAUAAUACUUGACCUCUGUGACCAACUGUUGGAUUCAGAAAUCUAAAAAAGAAAAAAGAAAAAAAAAAAAAGAAAUCCUUGGUAACAUACUGUUGAUAUCAAGAACCUGUUUAGUUUACAUUGUAACAUUCUAUUGUAAAGUCAACUAAAAAUGCAGACUUUGAGCAGGACUUUGUGUAUAGGUAAAGGAGAGAUGGCCAAGCCAGGGACAAAUUGUCUAUUAGAAAAACAGUCCUAAGAGAUUCUUUUGUGUUUGGCACUUUAUGGUCAUCGUUUGGCAGAAGUUUAGCAUUAAUAGUCUUUCUGAAGUGUGUUUUUAUCAGGUUUGGAGCCCGUGUUGAGUCUUCUUUUCAUGGGUUUUCAUAAUAUUUUAAAACUAUUUGUUUAGUAAUGGUAUUUUGUUUGUUUUUUAAGUAAAGGUUAAUCUUGAUGAUAUGCAUAAUAAUCUUUCUAAAAUUAUAUGCUGACCAUACUGCUGUCAGAAUAAUGUUAGGCAUACGCUCUUUGCUAAAUAUGUAUGUACAAAAUAUUUGGAAGUUAAGAAUUGAUUAGACUAGUGAAUUUAGGAGUAUUUGAAGUGGGUGGGGGGAGAGGGAAAUGACAACUGCAAGUGUAGAAUAUACUGUAAAAAUUUGGUUUGUUGCUUUAAAGAAACAAACUGAUGUCUGAAUUUUGCUGUGUUUCAAUUUUUUAGAGAUUUUAUCCUUUUUUUUUUUUUUUUUGGCAUUCUUCUAUCCCAUCCUCUUCAAAAAGCAGUAUGCAGCUGGUUAAUUCAUAUAACUGUGAGAGCAAAUGAAUAAUUCCUGCUACUCGGAAAUUGACUGCCUACAUGUUUCAACACCAGUUGUAUGGAGUGCUUGAAUUUAAAAAGCAGUUUUUAUGGAGUUUACAUUACAGAAAUAGGCUUUAAUUUUCAAGUGAAUUGUUUGCCAAAUCUAGUAACUCUGUUAAAUAUUUGGAGAAUUUAAAUCCAUUUCAGACUUUUUUAAUUUUUUUGUACUAUGUUUGGUUUUAUUUUUCUUCUGUUAAUCUUUUAUAUUCACUAUGCUCUCAUACAUUGAGUACUUUUAUUCCAAAACUAGUGGGUUUUCUCUACUGGAAAUUUUAAAUAAACCUGUCAUUAUUGCUUACUUUGA